UCGUGUUUGGUGACUCCUGCUUCGACACUUGAUAGCAAAGAAGAAGAACACGGGCAACACAUCGAUCCAUUAGGCCUUUUGGGGAUUCUCGGCAUCUUCUCCCAGCAGGUAGUUCGCACUAAAAUGGUGGCCAAUCAUCAUUUUACGCGAAUGGAUACAUUAGAGCUGAAAGAUCUCAUUUAUCGAAAGAUUGGGCACCAAAGAGCUGAAAAGUAUUUUAAUCAGCUCAGAAGGUUGUUCAGUCUACAGCUCAGCAAGAUUGAGUUUGAUAAUGUUUGUAUACGAACAAUUGGGAGAGAGAAUAUCUCUCUUCACAAUCGCCUCAUUCGAUCCAUUAUCAUGAAUGCCUCUAUUGGCAAAGUUCCUCCUCCAAAAGCUAAAAAAAUUAAUGGUUCCCUCGGCAUUAAAGUGGCAAAUGGUUAUCAGAGAAGUUGUCUACAGUCUCUCUAUGGCGAAGCAUUUGCUCAAUCUCCUCGCAAGAGUAGAUCUCCAGUUCACAGAGAUCGCAAAUUUCGGGACCAUCCAAGUCCUCUUGGACCACUUGGAAAGAGCCCUAAUUGCGAAGAAGGGGCUCUGAGAGUACAGGAGCAACAAAGUGCCACGGAAUUGAUCUCGCUUGGUAGCAGACCUCCAGUUGAAGUUGCAUCUGUUGAAGAGGGAGAAGAAGUUGAGCAGAUUGCUGGAAGCCCAAGCAUACAAAGUAGAAGCCCUGUUACAGCUCCAUUUGGUAUUUCCAUGAAUCUUGGUGGUGCUCGAAAAGGUCCUUAUGUAGGAGGUGCAUCUGCUGACUAUAUUUGUGCAAGAAGUUUCCAAAGCAGUGGUGGAUUACCUGAUACAGAAUCUUUAAGGACUAUUUUGAAGAAAAGAUUGGAGCUGGAGGGAGUUGGAAUCUCAUUGGACUGUGCUAACCUGUUAAAUAAUGGACUGGAUGUGUUCUUAAAGAGGUUAAUUGAACCUUGUAUGCUAAUUGCUAGAACACAUUGCCCAAAAGAGCAUGUUAGACAUUCAAGCAACCAUCUCUUGCCUGGAUCAAAUGGAAUAUUACCUGCAGUGUUUUCAGAAAGACCAUCCAGAGCAAUUUGUGCCAGUAUCUUGGAUUUUCGGGUGGCAAUGGAGUCAAAUCCUCGUAUGCUCGGUGAAGAUUGGCCUUUACAACUGGAAAAGAUUGCCAGUUGUGCAUUCGAGAGUUGAACGGAUUUCUAGUUAGUAAUUGAUCCUUGGGAGGACGGAGGGACAUCCUACGAGACUCGAUUUAUCGAAUAUUUUUUGUUGUAUGUAGAUUGACCUCUGCUUUAAUGUUGUGUCCUCAAGAGUUACCAUGGAAAUAAGCUGUGAAUAACGUAGGAAGUUUUGAAUUAUCAGAUCUGGCUGCUGGUAGAUGUCAGCAUUGUUAGCCAUUAGGAAGGGAGUGUGUGUGUACAAAUUAGUUUUGAAUUUGAUACGUUUCAACAGUUCAGAUGCCAUAUUUCUUCUUUUUUGAGCUCAGAUGCGAUAUUUCAAGCUGCAUAAUUUUUGUAUCCGAUUCAGUAGGAACAAAAUGAUCAUCUGUUUCCAACUAGCUGUAGUUGUAACCUAAUACACUAUAAUUUCAUUGACAAUAUUAGUAGUUAUUUCUUCUGGA